AUGAGCGAUCCGGUGACAGAGUCGAACUAUCCCAAAGGCGUCUCGCCUGACGCGAAGCCGCUCAGUGAAGGCCCUAGGAGGGCGGACGGAGUCUCCCAGCUUUACGAGGGAAAUGUCUUCGAUGCCACACCAGAGGACCGUCGCCAGAUCGGCGUGGUCAGUGCCUCGUUCCUGAUCUUCAACCGUGUCAUCGGCACUGGUAUCUUCGCGACCCCGGCAACUAUUCUUCAACUGUGCGGCAGUGUCGGUCUCUCCCUUUUCAUGUGGGUGAUAGGCACUAUUAUCGCCAUGGCUGGUACCGCCGUCUACCUGGAGUGGGGUACUGCUAUCCCGAAAAACGGUGGAGAGAAAAACUACCUCGAAUACGUCUUCAAGAAGCCCAAAUUUCUGGCCACCGCCAUGUUCGCUGCCUACGCCGUCCUCCUGGGCUGGGCCGCCAGCAACAGUGUCGUGUUUGGCGAGUAUAUCCUCAACGCUGCUGACGUUGAGGUUGGUCGAUGGAAUCAGCGCGGUAUUGGUUUGGCGUGUGUCACCGCCGCUUUCCUCAUCCACGCUUUCGCCGUGAAGUGGGGUCUCCGUCUCCAGAACUUGCUUGGUGUGAUCAAGCUCAUUAUCAUCGUGUUCAUGGUCGUCUGUGGCUGGGUCGCCCUGGCCGGCCAUACCAAGAUCGAGACGCCGCACAACUUCAGGAACGCAUUCGAAGGCACCACUGGCAGUGGAUAUGGUAUUGUCAUGGCUUUGUACAACGUCAUCUGGUCAUUCAUUGGUUAUUCUAAUGCCAACUAUGCUCUGAGCGAGACGAAGAACCCCGCGCGCACUCUGAAGAUCGCAGCGCCGAUUGCUAUCGGUUCCGUGGGCAUUCUGUACAUGCUGUGCAAUAUUGCCUACUUCGCUGCUGUGCCGAAGGAGCAAAUGCUCGCGUCCGGCCAGACCGUGGCGGCCACCUUUUUCGGAAACAUGUUCGGUGCUGAGGCCGAAAAGGUCAUGUCGGUCUUUGUGGCCUUGUCAGCCUUCGGAAACGUGCUGUCAGUCAUCUUCUCGCAAGGUCGAAUUGUCCAAGAGCUUGGCCGUGAAGGUGUUCUGCCCUUUUCGAAACUCUGGGCCAGCAACAAGCCAUUCCACUCCCCGGCUGCCGGUCUGUUUGAGCACUGGGUUGUCUCCGUCAUCAUCAUGCUGGCUCCUCCCCCGGGCGAUGCGUAUAACUUCCUGCUCAACCUGAUUUCCUACCCACUUUCCCUCGUCAACGUUUUCGUGGCUGGCGGUCUUAUCUACAUCUAUUUGACCCAGAAGACCAACUUCCCCAACUGGGCGCCUUCAAUUCGCGCCACUCUCCCCGUCACCAUUUUCUUCUUCCUGUCCAAUAUCUACCUGGUGAUCGCACCAUACAUCCCGCCCUCGGAGGGUCAGAAUGUGUACCAGGAACUUCCAUACUACCUCCACUGCGUGGUGGCUCUCGGGAUCUUCGGUGCGGGUGCGAUCUACUACGUGGUGUGGGCGAUCUUGAUGCCACGCUUUGGCCGCUACAUGCUGGUCAAGGAGAGCGUGGUCGAUGCCGAUGGCUGGUCCAGAAGCGUCUUCACUCGGCUGCCGCUUGCGGACGCCGAGCGAUCAUAA